ACGUUAGUAGUUAAGAAUGGUACUGUAGGAAUUGAUUUAACAGAAGAGAAAGUGCGCCUACAGUGGAAUUUAAAGAAAACUCCAAAAUCCUGGAUGGGAUUAAUUAUUAAAGUACAAUUUAACUGUUCGAAGUUCCGAACCGUAAGCUCAACAGACGAUCAUGAACACUGCGUCGUGAUAAAAUAUACAGGGACUUCUACAGGAUUAAAUUACAAUAAAGAAGUCUUUCAUGAUGAUAAUAGUCAUUGGGUGACAAAAGAGCUAGAGGAAAACAGCAACAGAACCAGAACAACUAUAACACGUCUACCUACUACACAAGGAAGUAAUCGUAGCAGAGAUAGUGACAACGAUAACACGCAAAUUAUUAUUAUUGUCUUUGCUUCAAUUCUCUUCUGUAUUGUAGCAGUUGGAAUAAUUCUGUAUAAAUAUAGACACAGGUUUCUACGUCAAAAAAAUCAAAAGAUAGAAGAAAUUCCAGAAAACCAAAGUUCCUCAUCCGAUGUUGGAAGGUUGCCAGAGCCAGCAAACCUGUCCGGUGGCCAAGCAAUUCCUACAGAAUGUGAAGAUUAUGUUAUACCAAGAAAUGAACACGAAUACCUGUAUACAAACACCGGCGAUCGAAAAUCGUUUGCACCGACACAAAGCCCCAAAUAUGAGUAUCCAGAAAGGCAAUCAUGCACCAACGAAUUACAUAGCCAUGCAUAUGAGUAUCCUUCACUUACUCCACCGCUUUUGAAGAAUGAUAGUGAAGGCAGUGCACUGUCAAUGAAAAAGAAAGAUACCGGUGUAAUGGAUGGCGAGUAUUUUCCACUUGGAAAGCGGUCGUUAAAUAAUGAUAAAGAUGACCUUUCCGGUUAUACAUCUCUGUUGAAAAUUGGCGAUCAAAGAAACAAAUCAGUGGAGUGAUCGUUUACUGGACAUAUUAAUGAGUGUCACAAAAGUUGCGCAAAGAAUGUGAAAUAGUUUUGAUUAGGUAAAAACAGAUUUAGAUCGAGAACGGGAUCGAACGUCAACUGACGACGUGAAAAUUGCAAAAAAAGGCAUGACCCGUCCAUGACGUUCCUUUUCUCAAUCCUGGAGUCUUGAGCGGAACAUUUUUUUCAAAAUCGUGAGCGUAAGACCUCGUAACGGCGGCUUUCUUUAAUUUUAGGUUGAAUUGA